GAGAAUCUACUGAAAGUCCUUGGGAAAAAUGAAGCGAACUCUCCUGAUUUUGGCCAUUGUUUUUUGUGGUUUAGCUGUUGUGAAGGCAUUAGAGUGCCAGGAGUGCCUAACGGAUAACGAUGUGUACUGUGUAGACCAAACUUCCUAUAGGAAUUGCAUCAAAAGUAAACCUUUUGGCAACGUGAUAAGCUGCCCCGCCGAUACGGUUUGCACAAACUCGAAAAAUGUUUGUGUGAAAAGUUCUGAAAUAUCAGAACCUGUAGUCGAUGUCUGUGGAACCUCCGGUGGAAACAAGUGUGCAUCGUGCACAGAUCAGAAAUAUGCUUGUGUUAGCAAAAAUCAAUUUGCGAGGUGUUCCGAAUCGGUUUUGGUCGAUUCCAACAUCUAUGACUGCGAUGCUGAUGAGAUUUGCAGUUCGGAAGCACUGGAAAAGUAUGAUAACAUAUGCACGCCUUCUUGUGUUCUCGAUUUUCUCAACUUGAGAGCUAGUUGCAGCAACAGUGAAUACACGACAACAACUACCGCAGCACCGACAACUGUCACACCCAGUACAGAGCAGAAAAAUGUUGCCUGUACUGAAGCUGAAAAAGAUCUUAAAAUACCUAAGGAAACCUGGUACUUCUUUACGAUCUAUAAGGAGGAUACUUCCUGUCACACUUAUCUUUACUGCCAAAGAAAUGAAACCACCACAUGGGACACCGUUUAUAUGUCCUGCCAACAACCCAAGCCAUAUUUCGAUUCUACGACCAGCCUUUGCGUAUCGACAAAACCAACUGGAUGCUCCUAAAUGGACUAAUCCUCUAUUUUCAGAACAUAUACCAC